AUGAACUUUUCAGAACUGGAAUGCAGCCUAAUAAGAAUAGUCAACGCUUCCUUCAUGCUCCAGAGAGAGACAAACUUCAACCAUACGCUGAAUAUGGAUAAACCCACCCAGUACAUGCUGCAGGAAUGGAUCAUGUACCCAUCAUGUUCUGGGAUGAAAAUGUUCCUAAUACCAACAGUUAUCUGCUUCCUUGCUGCUUUGAUUUCUACGCCUCUUGUGUUAUUGGCUAUUUGCUCCAAUUUCAGCAUACGUCAGGAGACAAGGUUUUUGCUCAUGGGAAACACCCUGGUUUGUGAUAUACUUUACCUCCUUUUCUACACAACUAUUACUAUUUGUAACACACUGAAUCUAAAGACCCCCAAGCACAUCUGUGUGCUGUUUCUCUUUCUGUUGGCUGUCACAUACUGUGGAGGGGUGCUCACCGCAGCUGCAAUGGUUGUAGACACCUAUAUGGCUGUCCUCUGGCCUUUACAUUAUGUAUCCCUGCUGCCUGCCACGAGAACUAAGAAACUCAUAAUGCUCCUAUGGUUGUGUUCUUUCCUAUCCUCUGGGAUAGCAUUUUUGACCCUGUACUUUACUCAGAAGCAACUUCCAUGUCCUCUUGAGAUGUGCUCUCUGCCUGUUAUCCUUCUGGUCGCGUUGCAUGGCGACGAUGCUCUCAAGUUGUGCUACAUCCUUUUCAUCGGCAUCUUCCUGCUGUGCUUGUCGCUGAUACUCGGCUGUUAUAUAUUCCUGUGUUAUAAGACAAGAGAAACUGGGAUAUGGAAAAGUGUAUCCUCCAGGGCAAGUGUCACAUUCUUAAUGCACUUUACCCUGCUUUUCUUUUACUUCAACCCACUGAUACUUCUCCUGACGGAUGCGCUUUUAUAUAUGAGCCAGGUCAUAGGUCUUCGAACGGGAUUGUGGGUAACUCUGACAAUCUGCAACGUCUUAAUAGUUCUGCCAAAAGCUGUGUCCCCUUGUCUUUAUGGGCUGCGAUACAGACAAAUAUAUAACUCACUCAAACUCUUUUUAAACCUUAAAAAGCACAGAGGUGUUGCGCCUGUGAGGUAA